UCAAAGGAAAAGCCUACAUAAACGUUUUCUUUUUUUUUCUCUGGUCUUUGGUUCAGCUUCAGCUUGUGAUUAGAGCUAUAAAAAAAAUCUCGUUGACAUGAAAACCGCUGUCUUAUUGAAGUCAUCAUCCACCACACAAACAAGAUAACGUUAUAUUCAGAUAUACACAGUUGUGUAUGUUUUCUAACAUUGUAUUUUUAAUUAUCCUCUCAAAAUGGCGUCUCUCUUCACCGCCACGGCUCCUUCGCACCACCGCUUCCUAUCUCCUCCUCAACAUCCCAGAAAGAACCUUCCAUCUCAGCCACUAAGCGUCUCCUUCACGGAGAAUCCGGCACCGGAGGCAGUCGCAUUGCAGCAGCAGCAGAUGACGGAUUGGGUGGCUUCCCCGGUGACGCGGCGGUUCGGUAUCGGCGCUGGAUUUACAUGGGCGGGGGUUCUAACUUUCGGAGCUGUCUCUGAGCAGAUGAAGUCACAACUCGAUGUGUUCCAGGAAGACAAUAACACAAGAGUUCUAGAAAAGCAAGAAGAGAUUAUCUUACCAAACGGCAUAAGGUACUAUGAUCUACAAGUUGGAAGUGGAGCUACUCCAAGCUCAGGUUACUUGGUUGUGUUUGAUGUCAAGGGGCAAGUACAUGGAACAGAACAAGUGUUUGUCGACACUUUUGGAAGCAAGAAGUCACUUGCGAUGGUAAUGGACUCAAGACCAUAUAGCAAGGGACUAUGCCAAGGGAUAGAGUAUGUUCUGAGGUCAAUGAAGGCUGGAGGUAAACGCAGAGUGAUCAUCCCACCAUCCUUAGGGUUUGGAGAUCAGAAUGUCGAAUUCGGACAGGGUUUGCAGAUUCCUCCAUCUGCCACACUUGAUUAUAUCAUUGAGGUUGAUACAGUGUAUUGUUUCCAAACCAUUGUAUGAGAGAUUGUGAAGCGAAUAUGUGUGUGUGUGCAGAGAUCCCUAAAAUAAUCAAAGAACGUUUUUUCGUAUA